CACACACACACACACACACACACACACACACACACACACACACACACACACACACACACACACACGCACAGGUGAACUCUGAACGUGUGUGCGGUUCGGCACAGCUCGGUUCCGCCCUCCGUGUGGGAGCAGACAGACCCAACAGACAUUUUGAGGAGAGGAGAGCUGGUCGUGCAUCUCGUUGGGAACAGUCUCCUCUCACGUUGUUUGAGGUUUACAGAUGAGCCCCUGCACGUUUUGAACGCAGUUUGACGUGACGUGGUCUCCAUUCUGCUGUCUUCAGUGUUUAGCCUACUCACUUUACACCGACCUGAGGAGGAGUGUGGAUGUAGACUCUCAUCUUUAAUGGUUUUUAUCAUCUUAUUCAACAGCCUCAUUAAUGAUGCUGACAUGCAGGAUGGCUGUGAAACGGAAGAGUUAAAACGCUACUUUUCUAAACGGAUUCUGGUUUCUUCUGGAUUCUGGAUCCUGCUGAUGGUGAGUGACAGCAGCUGGAGGUGGGAUCUGUCCGACAGAUACCCGUCAGGAAAGUGGCGUUUUCAUUGAAACUACGGCAGCCGGGACGGGUUAAUGUACGCCGAACUGAAGCCUGGGUGCUGCUGGUCUGUUCGGUGUUUCACUUUGGACCUCUCACUCAGACUUUCAACUUCACAUUGAAGAAGAGUUUUUAUUAUAUUUUGUGAAGGGAGUCUGGUGUGACGUUCUUCCGCCCGCACGGAUCGAGUCGGGAUCUCCUUGGAAACGGUUAGUGACCCCCCCCCCCCCCCCCCCCACACACACACACACACACACAUCCCGCCCCCUCAGGGAUGGUCGGUGCUGAGGCCCCCCUGCUCUCCCUCUAACACCAGUGGCUGACGGGGACGGUUCCGGUUCCGGACGGUUCCGGGUCCAGAUGUUCUCCGGCAGGAUGACCGGGAGUCAGUCCAGCCUGCUGCUCGCGCAGCUUGAAGAGCUUCACGAGCUCGCGUUCAUCGAGAGGCCGAUCCGCAGGAGCCUCAAGACGGCCGAGGAGAUCGAUCAGCUGACUGUGGAUGAAGACCUAAACGACAUCGAGAGAGCUGUGUACCUGCUCAGUGUGGGUCAGGAGGUGCAGAGAGCAAGUGUCAUCAGUAACCUGCCAAUCCUCGUCCGCCAGAAUCCUGCUGAGACAUUUCGUCGGGUUGUUCCCAAGGUCCGGGAGGUCCUGAACGGAGCUGGAGUAGAGAUCCAACUCGCAGCAGCAGCCUCUUUUUUAACGAUUCUGCAAGAUGACAUAAUCCUGAUCCACACCCACACCUACUCCAUCUUAAAGACAGUCCUGCUGCACCUGCACCACCGAGACACAGUGGUGAGCAAUGCCUGGUUGGAAACUUUGCUGUCAGCCAUCAACGCUCUGCCCAAAGAGACGAUCAAACAGGAGGUGCUGAACCCUCUCCUCUAUCAGUCUCAGCUGUCUCACUCUCUUCAGGCUCGUCUGUCCAGUUGUCGUAUUUUAGGGAAAGUCGCCUGCAAGUUUGAUUCUCACAUGGUGAAGAAUGAGCUGCUCCCAUUGGCUCGGUCCUUGUGUCAGGAUGUGGAGUUCGAGGUGCGAGCCUGUAUGUGUCGCCAGCUGGAGAGCAUCGCCCGGGCGACAGGGGUUGACGACACUCGAACCGAGCUGCUUCCUGAACUGGUGGAGCUCGCUGAAGACGAGGAGAGCAACGUCCGCCUCGCCGCCUUCGACACCAUCAUCAACUUGAUGGAGAUGAUGGACAGCGACGACAGAGUCCAUAUCGUGGUUCCCCUGGUGAUGUCAGUGUGCGAGGAGGCGACACCGGCGGACAAAGCCGUCCUGGUAUCUCUGUCGUUCCAGUUUGGGAAGCUCUGCAGCGGACUGGAGGGCUUCCUUUCAGACGAGCAGAAGAGCCGGUUGCUGCAGAGGUUUAGGGUUCUGUGUGUCGCUGGUCUGCAGACUGAGGGGAACCAGACUGAAGGCAGCAACGAGUCCAUCCUGGUCCGCUGCAACUGCUGCUACAACCUGCCUGCCAUGGUGGUGUUUGCUGAAACAGCUCACUUCCUGUCAGAGCUCUACCCGUCUUUCUCCAGUCUCUGUUGUGACCCAGAGGUCAGCGUUCGACGAAGUGCUGCGGCCGGUUUCCACCAGGUGGUCAAGCUGCUUGGUUCAAACGUCCAGCUGGUCCACAAAGAGCUGCUGGCUCUUCUGCAGGACGACGCUCUGGAGGUGUUGGACGCUCUGAUGAAUCACCUGGAGGAAACUCUGGAGGCGGUCCUUUCCAGAGGAGAGAAUGUGACGCUGGACAAUAAGAUCCCUGAGCUCUUGGCGGCUCUGCUGUUAGCGGAGCAGAAGGUUGGAUGUUCCCUGCGUUGGCGGCUCCACGAGAAGCUGCUGCAGCGUUACAGCUACCUGGCCCGACUGCUGCCCGGAGAAGUGCUGCACCAGAGCUUCUCCCCUCGCAUCUUCGUCAUCCUCACCACCAACAAGGUGUUGCCCGUUCAGAAGGAGGCGGCUCGGACCUUCUGCAUGUUCCUACGGUACAACCGGAAACACGAGCAGCGUCAGGAGAUGAUGGAGCGACUGAUCCAAGAUCUGGCUCAGGGGCGGAGCUACUGGAACCGUCUGAGAUUCCUGGACAUCUGUGAAAUGGCGACAGAGAUUUUCUCCAGAAAAUACUUCAACAAACACUUUCUGAUGCCAGCUCUAGAGCUCGUCCACGACCCCGUCGCCAACGUCAGGUACAAGCUCUGCCAGCUGUUACCCAGAUUGCGUUCAUCGCUCCGUCUGCCGGCUGACAAGCAGCUGCUGCAGCAGCUCGACUUCUGUGUCCAGAAGCUCCUCUGCAGAGAGAAAGACAAGGAUGUGGUGGCCACCAUCCGCAAGACAGUGUUGGAACUGGACAAACUGGACCUCACAGAGCCUUUUCACAAGAGACAGGAGAGGGAUCUACUGGACCAGAAGAAGGAGAAGGAGGAGACUCUACUGUUGGAGAUGGAACAGCUGGAGCGCCAACAGACAGACGGGAAACUGAACUCUGAUAAACAUACAGAGAGGAAACGAAGAGACAGCAAGACCAGUCUUUCAGCUACCAAAUCAAUGUCUGUGUCCUCAUCUGGAGCUGCCUUCUCCUCCUCCGGUAAAGAGAUGAGGAAGGCUAAGCUGUCGCGGAGUCGGUCCCUCAGCAGUCAGCCGACGAUAUCCAAAGCUGCCAACUCAGACAGACCUCUGAAAGGCAAAGAGCAGAGUGGUACAUCUGGAUCCGGGAAGUCCUCCAAUAAAGACGACUCUUUGAGGACUGCCCACUUCACCAUGGCAACCCAGUCCACCUCUUCCAUGCCGGUCCUGAUCCGCAGCAACACCACUGGCCUCCUAGACAGGGCCAGUGCACUAGAACACAGAAGUAGUAGUAGUACCAUGGAUCACAGGACAAGCACUCUAGAUCAGAGAGAUCAUAGAUCCAGUGCACUGGAUCACAGAACCAGUAACAUGGACCAUAGAACCAGUACCAUUGACCACAGAACAAGUACCAUGGACCACAGAACGAGUACCAUGGACCACAGAACGAGUACCAUGGACCACAGAACGAUUACCAUGGACCACAGAACCAGUACCAUGGACCACAGAACCAGUAACAUGGACCACAGAAAUGAUGGGAUGGACCACAGAACCAGUACUUUGGACCAUAGAACCAGUACUUUAGACCACAGAACCAGUACUUUGGACCAUAGGACCGGUACUUUAGACCACAGAACCAGUACAAUGGACCAUAGGACCAGUACUUUGGACCACAGAACCAGUAUUUUGGACCAAAGAGCCGGUUCCAUUGAUCAGAGAGACCAUAAAACCAGUACCUUGGACCAGCGUAGUAAAACGAUGGAUCGGAGCUGCGGGAUAAAGGACAGCCAGUCCAGAAAACUGUCGAUAAACAGGAAGUCAAACUCUUUCACCAUCCAAUCAGCACGAGACUGAAGAUGAUGUCAUGAUACCGCUACCAGGGAAUCAACAAAUCAGCUUCAGGAGUUGAAGGAUGAAUGCACGACUCAGAAUGUUACCCGGAAUGCACCAGGCAGAGACAGUCUGAAUACUGUUUGAAAAUACUGAGCUGCUUUUAUUUUCUUAACACCAUACUGUAAUGAUUUCCUGCUGCCCUCUGAUUGGCUCAGUAAAGUCCACACAUACAAACUAA